AAUAUGUAUUUUUUUUUUUCCCUAACGGCCAAAUUUUCAACUCUAACCUCACUACCUUGCUCGUCCGUCUGCAAUGGAAGCAGCGAGAUUCAUCAACCAAAUUCAAAUCCCGAAAAAUCCUAAUCGCAGAUUCUCUCGUCCUCCCCUCGAUUUCCCGCGCAUUAUCAGAGCUUCUUCGUCUUCAACCUCACAGGUUCCCCUUCUUCCUUUUGCUGUCUCACUCUCUCUCUUAUCUUCUGGUUUUGGGGGUCAGCAGGAGCCGAAAAGCUACAGAGGUCCGAAACCGAGCAAGAACUUGGUGGCUGAUUUCGUUUCCAGAAACGACGAUUCGGUCAGGAGCUUGCCCAUCUACGUCGGAGGCGCUUCCCUCUUGGCCGUUCUCUUCAAUCGCGCUGUUUCCGGUAUCGCUCCUGUUGCCGAUGCUAGCAGCUCACAGUCAAGAGCGGAUCUACUGGCGCUUGGUUUGGCUGUAACCAAUUUAUUGACCGGUUUAGUCUGGUUAUCGAUCCGACCGAAGACCAUAACACCGGUGGAACCUGAAGGUGUGGACUGCAAAGUUUUGGAACCCAAUCUUCCUGCAUCAAUACUCUCCGAGUUGUUAUGGGCUUGGGAAUCUAUUAAGGUGGCAACAUGUUGUAAGUCUCUGGUUAUUGUCUACAAUGGCAUUUGCCUUCUUCAAAUCGGGAUGGCUGCUAAAUCUCCGGAUGCCAACAAAGCAGUCCUUGUCAACACUGAUAAGCUGAUGACAGGAUCGGUUUACCAAGGGGUAUUCAAAUCCAAAGCACAAAGUUACUUGGCAAAUCUUUCUCUAUAUCCUGGGAGAUCAGAGCUACCAUUUCUGCCUCCAAAUACACAGGCGGUGAUUUUGCAGCCGCUUGGUGAUAAAGGAAUCGCAGUUAUUGGCGGAAAUACGAUCAGAGGCUUCACGUCUUCAGACCAGGCAUGGAUUUCUUCAAUUGGGGAGAAGCUAGAUGCGACACUGGGGAGAUGUUUUCUUGAUUCCGAUGAGAUUUCCCAAGAAACAGAUCGGUAAAGGUAACAGAAAGUUGAAAACAAUGCAAAGAACUUUGAUCAUGUGUUUACACAAAGUGGAAAUGUAAAAAUAGAUUCAAGAAAUCAUGAACUAAACACUUAUAAUACAUCAGCUUAGAGUUAUGUAUAAACCAAUAAAAACUUCUUCACGAGCCCAA